AUGAGCUUUAGAGUAGAAGAGUCUCCUCAAUUUAAGGAAGAAGAGUUAAAUCUAUCCAAAAUUUACUAAUACAGAGAAUCUCAUUUCUCUGGUUUCUCUUUCCCAAGCAGCGUCAGACAUUAAAAAAGAUAGACUUUUUAGGCUUCUGUAGAAACCAAGACCCCAACUCCUAAUUAAACCAAUAUUGAAAAUUCUCCAUGUGAACUAAGCUAUGAAAUCGAAAGAAUGGUAAAAGAAAGAGAACAAUUAUUCACGGAUGUGCAAUUUUAUGAACCUAAGGUUACCUUUAAUGUAGAUGAAUCACCACAAAGAAUAAGAAUCCAAAGAAAUAGUGCUCCCAUGCCCAAUACUUAAUUAUAUCACUUAAACCAAUAAAUAAUAGAUGCCGAGCAUACUUAUAAUUAGUACUGCUAUUAAUUAAUAUGA